GCCGCCUGGUGGAGACUUUGGGUCUGGCGGGUUGCGGCCCUGUGCGUUGCGGCCCUGUGCGGUGCGAUGCGGGUGUGUGCGGGACCGGCGUGCCUGGUGUGGCUGGGGCUGGCGGGGGCCUUCCUUCUGGCCCUGGGGUUGGCCGGGAGCGGCCUGCCGUCCCCCGCCGCCUUCCACCACCUCCUCCGCUACGGCAAAACCUACAGCGGCCCCCCCAGGAGCCCUCGCACUCACGUCCCCAAGAGAUGGUUUUCCCACUUCUACAUCGUGUCGGUGCUGUGGAAUGGCUUCCUGCUCCUGUGCCUUGCCCGGGCCCUGUUCCUGGCACGCCCACUCCCGGCCUGGCUCCACCAUCUGCUCGGGGCCCUCGGGGAGGGCCGGGGCCAAGGGGAUGAGCUGCACCUGUCGGGGUUCCUGGUCCUGGCGUGUCUGUGGCUGCACAGCUGCCGGCGUCUGUUCGAGUGUCUCCGCGUCAGCGUGUUCUCCCAGGGCCUGAUGCACGUGGUGCAUUACGCCUUCGGCCUCGUCUACUACGUGAUCGUGGGCCUGACGGUGCUCUGCCAGGUGCCCCCCGCAGACGUCAACGGGAAGGGGCUGCUGAUGCAAGCCCGCUGGUACCACGUGCUCGGCCUGAUGAUGUACGUCUGGUCAUCCGUCCACCAGCACCGGUGCCACGUCAUCCUCGCCGACCUCAGGAAGAACCCUUCCGGCAAGGUGAUCCACCUGAGCUACCGCAUCCCGUGCGGAGACUGGUUCGAGUGGGUGUCCUGCCCCCACUACCUGGCGGAGCUGCUCAUCUACGGCUCCUGGGCCGUCACCCUGGGCUUCUGCAACCUCACCUGGUGGCUGCUGGUUCUCUACGUGCUGUUCAACCAGGCCCUGGCCGCCAUGCUGACCCACGACUUCUACCUCAGCAGGUUCCACUCCUACCCGAAGGAGCGCCGGGCCUUCCUCCCCUUCAUCUUCUGAGUCACCCCCGCCGGGACGGCCCGGUGGAGCGGCUGCCGGCGAAGGAGAGAAGCCGGGAACCCCCGCCGCCUCCCAGAGACGGGCCGGUCAGUC